GCCUAGAUAGAUAUAUCGUCAAACCUAAAAAAUGACAUCGUCCUCGGCACUUCUGUUCUGCACCAAGUACCAACCAUUGAAGGAAACCAAGACCCACGUCAUUUUCUUCGUUUAAAAGCACAAUGGUUCUUUGUAAAUGCAUGGAUGGGAGAGAAGCUAUGUCAUUAUCAGGCGGGUCAGGUCAUUAUUAUAUUCAUAGAGGGGUUGCUGGGUCUAGUUCUGGAUCAGUACCACACGCUGGUGUAGCAGCAUUUCAUUCUCAGCCAGGUUUCAGGCCCUUAACUAACCCUCAGGUUCAGCUUCAGUCAAAUGUUGGAUCGACAUUUACAGGGGAGCCUAAAAAUGUUAGUUUUCCUCAUGGCAUUAACACGGGUAUGUCCUCUGGGAUGCCACCAGGGGAGCCAAUAAAGAAGAAGAGAGGGAGGCCCCGAAAAUAUGCUCCUGAUGGACAGGUUUCACUGGGACUUUUGCCUAUGCCUGCCAAGCCUAAGCCUUCAUCAGGAUCAGAUGCUUAUGGCCAAAAAAGAAACAGAGGUCGGCCUCCUGGGAGUGGGAGGAAGCAGCAAUUAGCUACUCUAGGUGAAUGGAUGAAUAGUUCGGCGGGGCUGGCCUUUGCUCCUCAUGUUGUCACCGUUGGAAUUGGAGAAGACAUUGUAGCAAAAAUGUUGUCCUUUUCACAACAAAGGCCAAGGGCUGUCUGCAUCUUAUCAGGCAGUGGUACAGUUUCCUCGGUAACUCUACGUCAGCCUGCAUCUUCUACUCCCUCUGUGACAUAUGAGGGCUGUUUUGAGAUAUUAUGCUUGUCGGGUUCUUACUUGCUUGCUGAGGAUGGUGGACCACGCAGUCGAACAGGUGGAAUAAGUGCUUCUCUUUCUACUCCUGAUGGUCAUGUCAUAGGUGGUGGGAUUGCAACAUUGAUUGCAUCAAGCCCAGUUCAGCUGGUGGUAUGCAGUUUUGUUUAUGGGGGAUCUAAAACCAAGAAUAAACAACUGGCUAGCCCAAGAGGCAAUAAGGAUUCUGUGCCUCAGAAAUCAGCUACACCGACUACGGCACCUUCAACCCAAAAUUUCACUCCCCCCUCUAUGAAUGUUUGGCCUGGUUCACGGCCCGUUGAUCUGAGAAACCCUCACACUGAUAUUGACUUGACGAGAGGAUGAUCAUGGCAUUUUUGUACAUAUAUGUUGUUGUGCAUGUACUGAAUCUUUGAGGAAGUAUGAAAAUUUAAAAUCCUCCCCAUUCGCCCAGUAGGGGCGACUGGUUUGUGCUAACGUAGAUUGUAACAAAGUCACUGUGAGUUUCUCUAGUGUCACUGGUAAACCUGUUGAAAAAUUCUGUAGUUUGGAGUUAAAAGGAACAUUAAUCUGUAGCUGCAAGAGAUGUCAUUUAAGGUUAACCAGUAUUUCAAGCAAACAAUGGUUGCCAAUUGUUUCGCCAUUAGAUUGUAUUGUAAUUGAUUUUCUGAAAUUUAAGUUGAAAUGUCUGGCGUUACGAUUUCCCAGGUGGGAACCAUGGGAUUUAAGAUGAUCUAUAUAGGAUUUGAGUGAAGACACUGUUGCAUAAGAUCGUCAGGAGUUGGACCUGGUAAUAUGCAGCAAAAUACAUCUUAAACUCGGGUUUCAUCGAGUAAAUCCAUUCCUGACAUCAUUUUAUGGUCACCUGUUCCAGAUUGAGGAUAGGGCCAAUAAUAUUUUGUUUGUGCUACCUGUGAAAGGCAAACUAUAUUUUUUGAAGCAAUCAGUCCAGAUGAAUGCAUAAUAGAAAAUCAAUUAGUGAACUGUGAAGGUCUAAAUGAAAUUCUAAGUUUCUGUUCAUGGUAAAUUUUACUGAAG